AUGACGCUCUUAGCCCUCCUUCCGCCGCUUCCACCAUUCCUGUUCUCGGCUCUGGUCGUGAGCGGUCUUGCCUCCAAGGCCCUACAUAUCGGCUUACAUCUUCGCUCCUUACCCUUCCUCUAUUUCGUCCUCUAUUCGCCUACCCUUAUUGUACCAGACUUGCUAGUGAUCUUCGUUGGGAGGCUGUUGUUGCAAUUUGCAGCUCCAGGAACUCGGUUACAAUGGUUGUCAACAUGCGUAGGGGGGCUGCUUUCCUUGUUAACAUGGGGUGCCUCUUCCGUCCAGUUCGGCUUUUUUAUGCAGACCGGCGCCGAAGUCGCCUGGGCUCAAAGCAAUAGUUUCCUGAGUGAUCCUGCCGCCAUGAAAAUCCUUUUGAGUGGGAUUACCACCGUGACUGCCGCAGCGACUAUUCUCGGCUUGGUUGCGUGGCUCAUUCACGCCCACCUAUAUCAUGUAACAGGUCUUGGAUUGCAGGCGAUCCGGGAACUGUGCAUGGGAGGUUACAAGGCCCGCUACACUUUACUUUCCGUACCGAACAAGUCUUGGUUGGCCUCUGUCGAUCUCCGAACCGUGCGCCGAAUCGCUAUUGCUGUGUCGAUCUUUGUGUCGCUGCUGUUUUUGGAACUCACCAGACCCGCCGUCCCGUACGAUCACCUAUCCGGUGCAUUGCCGUUGACUUUGAUGGAGGCCUUCACCAAGAAGUCUGUUACCCUCAAGGGUUGCCGCAACCCGAGAAUGAAAUUCCCUCUCUGGACCGCCAGUAAAAGCAACUCGGAGAGAUGGGCCCGUGCUGCGUGGUUACCGCAAGAUCCACCCUCGGGAUUCAGUCGGUGGGAUAUUAGCCCUGAACGGCGCGCUGAGAAGGAUAACCCUUCCUGGUAUCUGUGCAACUCUGGCAAGGAGCCUGGAUUCUACGAUCCCAAGACAGAUCCUCUCAAGAUUUCCAAUCUAGGUGGUGAGAUCUACGAGCCCUUGCAAAAAGCCUUCAAGGAGCACUCGGUGGAGAUUGAUAACGUUGUUCUUUUGACCCUCGAAAGUGGGCGCAAAGAGCUGUUCCCAGCGCAGCAGGGUACCCCCAUGUUUGAAGCUUUGCUUGAAUCGCACAAGAAGGAGAAAAGAGAUAUGGCGAUCGAUCGCCUGGUCAAGAUGACCCCCGUUGCACAGAUGUUGACGGGCGAAUAUGCUACCGAUAGCAAGGGUGACAAGGUCGAUUUGAGCCAUGCAACAUGGCAGGAUACUGCGGAGGCAGGCAUGGGUGGAUUGAAUGUGCGAGGUGCACUUACAGGCAGUUCAUUGACCUUUAAGAGUAUUUUGGGCAGUCACUGCGGUGUCAACCCGCUUCCCGUGGACAUGUUGGAGGAGACUGCUCUCGAGAUCUAUCAGCCGUGUCUGCCGCAGCUUUUCGAACUCUUCAAUGAGGUCAAAUCGCCUGCGCCGCCCGCAAUGCCAAAGGCGAUUGAAGCCCGCGGCGACAAUUCCGAGGCUGUCAAGUACCCGUGGAAGUCCGUCUUCAUGCAGUCUAUCACCGAGGACUACGAUCGCCAGGAUAUCCUGAACAAGAACAUGGGAUUUAAAGACAAGGUUGUCAAGAAGACUCUGACUCGUGCUCGACUCGGCUCCAAAUACGCUCCCAAGGGCCAAGAGAUCAAUUACUUUGGAUAUGCCGAGACGGAACUGAAACCGUACGUGCAGGAUCUGUUCGAGGAAGCCGCCAACAACAAAACCCGCAUCUUCCUCUCGCACGUCACUAGUACCACUCAUCACCCAUGGAACACGCCGGACGAUUUUGAAAUGGAAUCAUACAUGGGUAAUGAAGGUACCGUUAACCAUAAAUUGAUGAAUAAUUACCUCAACACCCAGCGCUUCGUCGACAACUGGCUCGGCGACAUCAUGACCAUGCUUGACGAAAGCGGCAUCGCCAACACGACUCUCGUCGUUGUCGUCGGUGACCACGGUCAAGCCUUCGGUGAAGACAACAAGGACAUGACAGGCACCUAUGAAAACGGCCAUAUCAGUAACUUCCGCGUACCUCUCGUCUUCCGCCAUCCUCACAUGCCUCGCAUCGACAUCAAUGCCAACGCAACCUCUCUCUCCAUCAUUCCCACCAUCCUCGACCUCCUCAUCCAGUCCGAAUCUCUCGAUACCCGCGACGCUGAGAUUGCCUCCGCCCUUCUCCCAGAGUACCAAGGUCAAUCCCUCAUCCGACCUUUCGUUCCCGCCAUUGGCGAUUUGUCUCCGAAGUCUCACUCGAAAAACGCCCGUUCUCCACGCCCAACACACAAGCACCAGGACUCUCAGACACAGCGUGUCUGGAAUUUCGGCCUUAUCAACGCAGGCGGCUCAAUGAUCUCUAUCACAUCCGCCGACACACCCUACCGCCUCAUUUUGCCUCUCCGCGAGGGCUUCGAGUAUGUUUUCACACAACUGAACGAAGACCCCGGCGAGUUACAUCCUAUGAAGGCCUGGACAUUAUCCAAGAUCAUUGACGAAAUUACCACGAAAUUCGGCGCGGACGCCGCCUCCUGGGCCGAAGAUGCCGAGCAGGUUGGCAAGUGGUAUGUCAACGAGCAACGGCGAAUCUGGGGCUACCGGGAAAAAUAA